UGAGAUUUCUCAACAAAGGAAUAAUUAAUUGGGCUGCAGCAAGGUGGCCGUUGGAUCACCUUUCCCUGGGUCUCUUCCCUAUACCCCCCCUCCUUUCAAGCAAAGAGGAGGAAUGGCAGGGCCUUUUGGCUGCAUUUCCACACCUCAGUUUACUCAAAAGUUUUUUUGAAUGGGUGACAUAGUCAUAUGAUUGCAUAUUUAAAAGUUACAAAAGGGCAUAUAGUGAUAAAUCUCCUUUCCACCUCAGUCCCUCUCCCACCAAUUUGUCAUCUUUUGUUUCCGAUUUUUAUACAAGUGAUAAAACUUUGCAACGCUUUGCUUCUCCCCCCAUUUGUUAAUAUAUCGUAGAGGUUGUUUCAUAUCAAGACAAUGAGCUUCUUCAUUUUUUAUGCCUGCAUAGUAUUCUAUUUUAUGUUUGUAAUUUCGUAGUUCCGUAUUGGUGGAUAUUUAGGCUGAUUCUAAUCUUUUGUUUUUACAAAUAAUGCUGAAAUGGAAAUCUUGUGUAGACAUCAUUUUGGCCAUAUGGGGCUUUAUCUGUAGGAUGAAUAUUUAGAAUUGGAAGGUUCUAUAUAGAGAGAAUUUUUCACUCACUUGUCAUGUCAUUCAUCUAUCCAGUAUUUAUUGAGUGCCCAUUAUGUGCCAGAUACUCUUGCAGGUUCCAGGAAUCCAACUUUCAACAAGUCAGACAUGAUCCCUGCCCUUGUGGAAGGUUAUUACCCUCUAUUAAAAGGAAACAAAAAAGGAGACCAGAAGAGAAUAAAUUGGGAGGAUCUGCUUUAAAUAGAGUCAGGAAGACUUCUUAGAGUAAGUGAUAUUUAAGCUGAGAACUAAAGGAUGGGACAUGGCCAACCAUUAGGUGUAGGAUGGGGAAACCUAGGCUAUUCAGAGCCUCACCCAGAGGCGAGGAGUUCAGGAUCUGUAGGGGAUCAUACUGGGGCUAGCGUAGAGGUGGAAGUGAAAAGACCCCGGUAGUGUGAGGGCAGGGUGGGCUGUCUCUUUCAUACUCCUUAUCUGUAUUUUAAAAAUAUGCCAUAUAAGUCAGGGGAGGAGGAGUACAGCUAAAGAGAUGAAGGAGGUGAUUGGGAGUGGAAGAUAUCAAAGAAUGAGUGACUAAAGAUGAGGCCAGACAGGGGAGGGGUCUGGUAGUAGAGGAGAGUUAGGGAGACUAGUACUUAUGAAGGACUCUUUAUUAUUUGUGUUUAGAGGGCUCUGUACCUGGCUGAAUUCAGGUGGGGAAACAGGAAAAGAGGCCACUUCCUUCCUGGAUAUUUUAUGAAUGAGAGGCCACAGUUUAACUGGUCUGAGGGAGGCACAGCUUUGCCUGCAGACAGGAGAGUGGAUGAAAUGCCUUGGGCAGAGCCAGUCUGCCUGUAGUACAGCCUCCAACCUUUCUGUGGCUUUAGCAAAAUGGAAAUUUCUAAAUUAAAGAUGACAUUGAAGGGACUCAGCCAGCUGGCUCUGGGCUGGUGGAAGAGAGAGCAGACCUAUCCAGGGCUCAGAGCUGGGAGUGGGCAGGAAGUUGGUCUUGGAGACUCUUUCUCUGAAGUUUAUGCUCCUUUUUUAUCCUCACCCCUCUGUUUCCCUUUUGCAAACGCCCAUCUCUUUGCCUAUCCUGGGUCCUAUGACUUUUCUCUCCCUCAACAGUCGGUUCCCGAUUCUGGUCCCCGGCCCCCAGCAGCGCCUGCCCCCUUCCCACCGGGGCCCCCCAUGAUGCCACCACCCUUCAUGCCCCCUCCAGGAAUCCCUCCGCCCUUCCCUCCGAUGGGGCUACCGCCCAUGAGUCAGAGACCACCAGCCAUCCCCCCCAUGCCACCUGGCAUCAUGCCCCCAAUGCUACCACCAAUGGGGUCACCACCACCACUCACACAGAUACCAGGAAUGGUACCUCCCAUGAUGCCAGGAAUGCUGAUGCCUGCAGUGCCUGUCACCGCAGCGACGGCUCCAGGUGUGGACACCGCCAGCUCUGCUGUGGCUGGGACAGGCCCUCUGAGGGCCCUAUGGAGUGAGCAUGUAGCCCCUGAUGGGCGCAUCUACUACUACAAUGCUGACGACAAGCAGUCCGUGUGGGAGAAGCCCAGCGUGCUCAAGUCCAAGGCGGAGCUGCUGCUGUCCCAGAGUCCCUGGAAAGAGUACAAGUCGGACACAGGCAAACCUUACUACUAUAACAACCAGAGUAAGGAGUCCCGCUGGACCCGGCCGAAGGACCUGGAUGACCUCGAGGCUCUAGUCAAACAAGAGGCUGUAGGGAAACAGCAGCAGCAGCCCCAGACACUACAGACACAGCCUCCUCAGCCACAGCCUGAGCCCCCACCUGCGCCUCCUGGCCCCACCCCACUGCCUAUGAGCCUCCUAGAACCUGAGCCAGGUGGGAAUGAAGAUUGCGAUGUGUCAGAUGCUGUCCAGCCCCUGGAGCAGGGGUUCCUGCAGCAGCCAGAGGAGGGCCCCAGCAGUUCUGCUGCACAGCAUCAGCCACCACAACAGGAGGAAGAGGAAUCAAAGCUAGAACCAGAGAGGUCUGGCCUCAGUUGGAGUAACCGUGAGAAGGCAAAGCAGGCCUUUAAGGAGCUGCUGAGGGACAAGGCUGUCCCCUCCAAUGCCUCAUGGGAACAGGCCAUGAAGAUGGUGGUCACCGACCCCCGUUACAGUGCCUUGCCCAAAUUGAGUGAGAAAAAGCAGGCAUUUAAUGCCUACAAGGCGCAGCGGGAGAAGGAGGAGAAGGAAGAGGCGCGACUGAGGGCCAAGGAGGCCAAGCAGACCUUGCAGCACUUCCUGGAGCAGCAUGAGCGCAUGACCUCCACCACCCGCUACCGGCGGGCAGAACAGACCUUUGGGGAGCUGGAGGUCUGGGCUGUGGUCCCCGAGAGGGAUCGAAAAGAGGUUUAUGAUGAUGUCCUCUUCUUCCUGGCCAAGAAGGAGAAGGAACAGGCCAAGCAGCUCCGGCGCCGCAAUAUCCAGGCCCUGAAGAGCAUCCUGGAUGGGAUGAGUAGCGUCAACUUCCAAACCACAUGGUCCCAGGCCCAGCAGUACCUCAUGGAUAACCCCAGCUUUGCUCAGGACCAUCAGCUUCAGAACAUGGACAAGGAAGAUGCGCUGAUCUGCUUUGAGGAGCACAUCCGAGCUUUGGAGAGGGAGGAGGAGGAGGAGCGGGAGCGGGCCCGGCUUAGGGAGCGGCGCCAGCAACGCAAGAACCGGGAGGCCUUCCAGACCUUCCUGGAUGAGCUGCAUGAGACAGGGCAGCUGCACUCUAUGUCCACCUGGAUGGAACUGUACCCAGCGGUCAGUACUGAUGUCCGCUUUGCCAACAUGCUGGGCCAGCCGGGCUCCACCCCUCUGGACUUGUUCAAGUUCUAUGUGGAGGAGUUGAAGGCACGAUUCCAUGAUGAGAAGAAGAUCAUUAAGGACAUCCUUAAGGACCGGGGCUUCUGUGUGGAAGUGAACACAGCCUUUGAGGACUUCGCCCACGUCAUAAGCUUUGACAAGAGGGCUGCUGCGCUGGACGCAGGCAACAUCAAGCUGACCUUCAAUAGUCUACUGGAGAAAGCAGAGGCACGGGAGAGAGAGCGGGAGAAGGAGGAGGCACGAAGGCUGCGGCGCAGGGAAGCUGCCUUUCGAAGCAUGCUGAGGCAGGCCGUGCCUGCUCUGGAGCUGGGCACUGCUUGGGAAGAGGUCCGUGAGCGCUUUGUGUGCGACUCAGCCUUUGAGCAGAUAACCCUGGAGUCGGAGCGGAUCCGGCUCUUCCGGGAGUUCCUGCAGGUACUGGAGACUGAAUGCCAGCACCUCCACACGAAAGGCCGGAAGCACGGCAGAAAGGGCAGGAAGCACCAUCGCAAGCGUUCCCACUCGCCCUCAGGCUCCGAGUCGGAAGAGGAGGAGCUGCCCCCACCAUCUCUCCGGCCCCCCAAGCGGAGGCGGCAGAACCCCUCCGAAUCUGGCUCUGAGCCCUCUUCCUCACUUGAUUCAUUUGAAAGUGGGGGUGCUGCCCUUGGAGGACGGGGCUCCCCAUCCUCUCGCCUUCUCCUUGGAUCAGAUCAUGGCCUUCGGAGAGCCAAGAAACCAAAAAAGAAAGCUAAAAAGAGAAGACACAAGUCGAACAGUCCUGAGAGUGUGACAGACCCGGAGGAGAAAGCUGGCAAGGAGAGUGAUGAGAAAGAACCAGAACAGGACAAGGACAGGGAGCUCCGGCUGGCAGAGCUCCCUAAUCGCUCCCCAGGUUUUGGAAUCAAGAAGGAGAAGGUGAGAGGCAGGUGCCUGGUCCCAGCCCAGGCAGCGCUCUGUCCAGGCCUCCACGGCCUUCCGGGGAGGCAGUGGGUGAGCUGUGCCUUUGCUCCCCCAGACGGGCUGGGACACAUCAGAAAGUGAGCUGAGUGAGGGGGAGCUGGAAAGGCG